AUGGCUGCAAGUCGGCACGUUUGCUAUUCUGAGCUUGACGAACGAGAACCAGGUUCCUUAUACCCAACCUAUGUUGACCUCCGUAGUCGGGAAUUCCGUGUGCUUCUUCCUCAGCUACAUUUCACUCCAUGUUGUAUCCACACUGCCUCCUCUGGGCAACUUGGUUGGAAUGUGUUGACACAUUUGAAUGUCAGCUUCGCACCUCUUGGAACUUGGAACCCAGUUAACCCACAAGUGUUCUUCGACAUCACGAUCGGGGGAAAGAGCGUGGGUAGGAUCGUGAUGGAGUUAUUUCACGACGUGACGCCCAACUGCGCAACUAAUUUCAAGGCAUUGUGCACGGGGGAAUGCGGCAUGGGAAAAGUGCACAAGAAGCCCCUCCACUUGAGAGGAACGAGGUUCUUCCGCAUCGUGCCCGGGUACAUGGCGCAAGGGGGAGACAUCGUCCACGACAAUGGCACCGAGGGGGAGUGCAUAUGGGGCAGCCGAUUUGCCGACGAGAACUUCGAGCGGAAGCACAUAGGAUGUGGCACCAUCUCCUAUGCCAACAAAGGCCCUCACACCAAUGUUUCCCAAUUCUUCUUCGCCCUCGGCGCCUGCCCGUGGUUGGAUGGCCGAUACGUUGUGUUCGGCCAAGUGCUAGAAGGCUUCGACGUUCUGAAAGCCAUGGCGACUGAGGCCGGAUCCAUCGCUGGCAAAACUACGCAAAAAGUUCUCAUAGCAAACUGCGGGACUUGGAAUCCUCUAGAGUUGAAGGAAAAAAUGAAUGCUUCUUUGGACGACUGGAAAAGCUUUUGA